AUGCCGUUCUCCGAUGAAGAAGAAAGCGAUGAUAAUGCGUCGCUCAUUCCACGGAAGAGGAAAUUCUCGAUCACCGGACUUCCGCCGUCGAAGAAGAUGAAGGAGAAGCUCAUGCAUCGCUCCAUCUCCAAAGCCGAAGCGCCAAAACACGAUCUACUCCGCUCUCGUGGAAUCAUUGAUGAAGCGAAUUGUGAUCUUAAGCUGAAGCUAAGUGGGGAUAUCCUGAUAUUAUCAUCAAAGGAGUCUGAAGACAUUGGCUCACUGUUCACUGCGAAUGAGAAGGCUGAGUGGUCUGAGAUCUACUCGAUUGGGAUGACUCCGUGUUAUGCAUCCUUGGUCAUUGUUGCGUCUCACAACUGGAUGCCUUCGACUCAUAGCAACCAUGUGUCUGAGCCACGAGCUAAGCUUAUCUACAAGCUAUCCACAGGAGUCGAGUUGAUUUUGAUGCAAGCGCCUCUCCCUCUCCUUGAUGAUGAUGUCCUCAUUCGUCCUCUUCACUAUCAAAAGGACAAGCGCUCUGGGAAGGAGUACAUCAAAGCGAGAAGAUGA